AUGACUUUUAUUGUGAAGCUUCAUAAACAUUUUCAACGAACAGUAAUCUUACUAGCUACGUUUUGUAUGGUGAGCAUUGUUAUUUCAGCAUAUUAUUUAUACAAUGGCUACAAACAAGAAAAUGAAGUUUCUGACAUUUCUUCAGAGGUCGAAUGUGGGAAUCUUCCAGUGCUGCUAUCUCCAUGGAAGAUGAUUAAGGCCAGUGAACCACUAAGGACUGAUCCUGUUGUGCUUGUAUUUGUGGAAAGCCAGUACUCUGUACUUGGUCAAGAUAUAGUCAUGAUAUUAGAAUCCAGCAGGUUCCAAUAUCACAUAGAGAUUGCUUCUGGGAAAGGUGACCUUCCUGUACUGAUAGAUAAAAAUAAAGGCAAGUAUGUUCUAAUAAUAUAUGAAAAUAUUUCUAAAUAUAUGAAUAUGGAUUCCUGGAAUCGGGGCCUUUUAGAUAAAUACUGCGGGGAAUUCAGUGUAGGAAUGAUUGGGUUUCAAAAAAGCAAUGAUAAUACUUUGCAGACUUUUAAGUUAAAAGGUUUUCCUUUCCAGAUUCAUGGCAAUGUAGGUAUAAAAGACUGUUGCAUCAAUCCCCACUCUCCUUUGCUCCAUCUAACAAAACCAUCCAAACUUGAUAAAGCGCCUUUGCCUGGAACUGACUGGACAGUUUUCCAUAUAAAUCAUUCAGCUUACCAACCUGUUGUAUUUGCAAAAGUAAGAGUACCUGAAAACCUCCCUCCAGCUGCUAUUAAAAAUGUUCUCCACGCAACAGUUAUUCAUGACUUGGGUCUUCAUGAUGGAAUUCAGCGUGUUCUUUUUGGUAACAAUUUGAACUUCUGGCUGCACAAACUCAUCUUUAUAGAUGCUGUCUCAUUUUUGACUGGAAAGAGACUUCCAUUAUCCCUGGAUAGAUACAUACUUGUAGAUAUUGAUGACAUCUUUGUUGGAAAAGAGGAAACAAGAAUGAAAGCCAGUGAUGUUCAGGCUCUGCUUGAUACUCAGAACCUUUUGAGAGCUCAAAUUACAAAUUUUACUUUCAAUCUGGGAUUUUCAGGAAAAUUUUACCACACAGGCACUAUAGAAGAAGACGAAGGAGAUGAUUUGUUACUCGGGUCGGUAGAAGAAUUCUGGUGGUUUCCUCAUAUGUGGAGUCACAUGCAACCUCAUCUGUUCCAUAAUGAAUCUUCACUCGUGGAGCAAAUGAUUCUCAACAAAAAAUUUGCCUUAGAACAUGGCAUCCCAACUGACAUGGGAUAUGCUGUGGCUCCACACCAUUCCGGUGUCUAUCCUGUUCACGUUCAACUUUAUGAUGCCUGGAAAAAAGUUUGGAAUAUCAAAAUCACCAGUACAGAAGAAUAUCCACAUUUAAAACCUGCACGAUACAGAAAAGGUUUCAUUCACAAAAACAUCAUGGUUCUUCCUCGACAAACCUGUGGCCUUUUUACUCAUACAAUUUUCUACAAAGAGUAUCCUGGUGGUCCAAAAGAACUAAACAAAAGUAUACAUGGCGGAGAAUUAUUUUUCACAGUAGUUCUCAAUCCGAUCAGUAUUUUUAUGACUCACCUGUCUAAUUAUGGCAAUGACCGAUUGGGUUUAUACACCUUUGUCAAUCUGGCCAAUUUUGUUCAAAGUUGGACUAACCUGAAGUUGCAGACUCUACCUCCACUUCAGCUGGCUCACAAAUACUUUGAACUAUUUCCAGAACAAAAGGAUCCACUAUGGCAGAAUCCUUGUGAUGACAAACGACACAGAGAUAUCUGGUCUAAAGAAAAAACAUGUGAUCGUUUACCAAAAUUCCUGGUUAUUGGACCACAAAAAACUGGCACAACGGCUUUAUAUUUGUUCCUGAUUAUGCAUCCUUCCAUCAUUAGUAACUCCCCCAGCCCCAAAACCUUUGAGGAGGUACAGUUCUUUAAUAGAAAUAACUACCACAGGGGGAUUGAUUGGUAUAUGGAAUUCUUUCCUACACCAUCCAAUGUAACCACCGAUUUUCUCUUCGAGAAGAGUGCCAAUUAUUUUCAUUCUGAAGAAGCCCCUAAACGAGCUGCUUCUUUAAUCCCUAAGGCAAAAAUCAUAACUAUUCUCAUUGAUCCAUCAGAUCGAGCAUAUUCUUGGUAUCAGCACCAAAGAUUUCACAAAGACCCAGCUGCUCUAAAAUUUACAUUUUAUCAAGUGAUUACUGCAGGACACCAUGCUUCGUCUGAACUUAAGAUCCUGCAGAAGAAAUGUCUGAUACCAGGAUGGUAUGCCAUUCACCUAGAAAGAUGGUUAACUUAUUUCCCACCUUAUCAGUUACUAAUUAUUGAUGGACAGCAGUUGAGAAAUGACCCAGCUAUAGUAAUGGAAGAAGUGCAGAAAUUUCUGGGAGUUACUCCUCAUUAUAAUUAUUCAGAAGCUCUAACGUUUGACUCUCACAAAGGUUUUUGGUGUCAACUUCUGGAAGAGGGAAAAACAAAAUGUCUUGGAAAAAGCAAAGGGAGAAAAUACCCUCCAAUGGACUCUGAGUGCAGGGCUUAUCUGUCAAGCUACUACAGAGAUCACAAUGUGGAACUAUCAAAGCUUCUACACAAAUUGGGACAACCACUACCAUCCUGGCUGAGGCAGGAGUUGCAAAAAGUGAGAUAG